AUGAAUGAAAACCUAGCAGUCGAACCUGUAGUGAUUCAUGAACAUCUAUCGCCCUGCCUGGCAGGCGGGCACGUUAAAGCUGGAGGUGGGGCUGAUGACAGUGGCGAGCAACCACCACGUGGAGCAAUGCAUGUGCACUACGCCAGUCACAUGAAGCUCGUGCUCACAUCAUACUCGCACUCUCUUUACUUGCAUUCGUCUACUGCCUUGCCUGGUGGUGGUGGUGGUGGUGGUGGUGGUGGUGGUGGUGGUGGUGGUGGUGGUGGUGGUGGUGGUGGUGGUGGUGGUGGUGGUGGUGGUGGUGGUGGUGGUGGUGGUGGUGGUGGUGGUGGUGGUGGUGGUGGUGGCAGGCAGGCAUGCGGAAGCUGGAGGAGGUCAAGGGCAUGGCAUGCCAUAGACCCUUUGACAGCAAGGGCCGACGCAGCUUCAAGGGUGGGUGCGGGGCUGGUUUGGCUGUGGGUGACGCAGUGGGGGGUGCGCGGCUCUGGGUCAGUGAUGGACGAUGGUGUGGCAGUUUUGGCAUUGAGUGCUGUUAUUAUGUGGGUCAUUGAGGAGAAUGUUGCUGCAAUCCAAGGCAAGUCAUGGUCAGUUGUACGGAGGCACAGCAUGCUCUCUCUUCCCUCCACUGCUUUAUCCACACUUCCUCCUUCCUCUCCCACCUCCACAACCACAACCCUUCCUCCAAGCAGUGCUGGUGCGGAACGAGGUGGACCAUCUGAGCAGGGAGGCACAGCCUACUUUCCUCACUCUUGCCGCUCUCACUUCUUCCCUCUUCGUCUCACCUCCUCCCAACCCCAUCCCCUCUCCCCGCAAGCAGUGCUGGUGCUGAACGAGGUGGACCAUCUGAGCAGGGAGGCACAGCAUGCGCUACGGCGCACCAUGGAGCGCUACACCGCUGCCUGCCGCAUCGUCAUGUGCUGCUCCUCCGCCUCGCAGGUGACGUGGGCAGUCACGGAGGCUCUUCGAUCGCGAUGCCUCAACCUCCGCAUUGCUGCUCCAUCCCACGAUCAGGUGUGCCUGCUGUACCCUCCUGGUCUCCUCCCUGCUCGCUCUGUUGCCCCCCCCCUGCCGUCCUUGGCAGUUAGUGGACGGGCUACAGGAGGAGCCGGCCAGGCAAGGCAAAUAGUGGACGUGCUACACGAGGUGGCAGGCAAGGAGGGAGUGACCUUACCACCGAUGCUGGCAGGGCGGAUGGCGGUGAGCAGCAACCGCAACCUGCGCAAGGCGCUGCUCUCCCUCCAGGCUGCUAAGGCUGCCCAUGCCCGUGGUCGUCCUGCCCUCGCACCUCUUUCCCACCCGUCCCACACUGCCUGCCGCCACUACCCUUCAGUGACAGCCAGCCGCUACCCAUUCAGUGACAAUCAACCGGUGCAGCAGAACGACUGGGAGCUCUGUGUAGCUGAGAUCGCUGCUGACAUCAUCAGCGAACAGAGCCCCCGCCGGAGCCAAGAAGCUCAUAACUCUCCCUUUCUGCUACUGCCUCCUCGUGCUUUUCCAUCUUCAUCCACCUCCACCUCAUGCCAUAUCCGCGCCUCUUUCCUGCUCUCCCUCCUCGACACCCUCUCUUCAGACGGUUUACCCUCUCCGGCUCUUCCCUCCCUCCCCAACCACUCGCAUGCCAGCCUGUUUCAAAUACGCGCCAAGUUCUACGACCUUCUAAUCAACUGCAUCCCGCCGCACCUCAUCCUCAAGCGCCUGACAGUGGAGUUGAUGCGCAAGAUGGAUGCGGAGCUGAAGCAUGACGUGUGCCACUGGGCUGCCUUCUAUGUGCGUGCUGAGCACCGGUUGCAUCUGGGACAGAAGUCAAUUUUCCACCUUGAAGCCUUUGCUGCCAAGGUCAUGGCGAUCUACAAGGAGUUCCUCAUUAAUGCAGAAACUGGUGAUGGUGAUGAUGAUGGUCAUGGUGAUGGAGAUGGGGAUGGUGAUGGGGAUGGGGAUGGGGAUGGGGAUGGGGAUGGGAAUGGGGAUGGGGAUGGGGAUGGGGCUGGUGAUGGUGAUGGUGAGGGUGAUGGUGAUGGUGAUGGGGAUGGUGAGGGUGAGGGUGAUGGUGAUGGUGAGGGUGAUAGUGAUAGUGAUGCUGAUGCUGAUGCUGAUGCUGAUGGUGAUGGGGAUGGAGAUGGGGAUGGGGAUGGGGAUGGGGAUGGGGAUAGUGAUGGGGACGGGAAUGGUGAUGGUGAUGGGGAUGGUGAUGGUGAAGGGGACGGGGAUGGGGAUGGGGAUGGUGAUAGGGAUCAGGAUGGAAAUGGGCAUGGUGAUGGUGAUGGUGAUGGGAAUGGGGAUUGGGAUAGGGAUGGCAAAACGUGGUGGAUGAUGGGUGGAAGAUUCUUAGGUUUCUAG